AUGAAUAAAUAUAUAUCUAAGAUUGAUCUUUUUUCUUAGCAGUUUCAAUUCAAUAUUGGACAAAACUAAAUAAAAAAAUCCACGCCCUUAGGAGUUAUACUAUCUCUGGUUAUUAUCAUAGUUGGUGCUUCUUAUUAUUCCUACUUAUUCUGUCUGCUUUUUACUAAUCAAUUAGAACCAAACUAUAAAUCUCAAGAAUUUAUUACAGAGGAUUCUAUUGAUAUCAACUUAUCUUAAGAUCUAGUCGGUUUUAGAUUUGAAUAUGAUUUUAAUAUGCCUAUAGACAUCCUGUAAGCCCAAAAAAACUAGACAUAUUUAGUUUAUCUGGCUUACUUUUACUACGUAAAUAAUGGCAACACUUAGUUGAUUUAGCUAAAUAUAGUAAAAUGUCAAAACCCUAAUUUGAUUAACUUUUAUUGUUUAGAUUUUUCUAACGUAUCAAAUUACACAUUAACACUUAACACAAAAUAAAAUAUUUAAUCAUAUGUAGAUAUUUUUAUUUAUGGGUGUCUUGACUAGGAUUUUUUUAAAACUAGCGUUCCCGAAAAUUGUGCUAGUUAAGAUUAAAUUGAUGCGGUUAUUAAUGGUAUGAAUGCUGGAAUCAGAUUAAAAUUAUUUACAUCUUAGUUUAAUGUUGGAACUAUUUAAAACUAAAUUAACUAUAGAAAUGCUUUUAUUUAUACAGUGGGUGAUUAAUUAAUUUAGUCAACAUUUAAAACCUAAAAAUCUGUAACAACUGUUAAAGAUGGAUUGUUUGUUUUAAGUAGCAGAAACUAUUCUUCGCCUAUUAAAUAUGAUUUAUUUAACUAGAUUUAUGAUAGAUAAUAUAGUCUUGAAAACAUAGGUUAAAGCGGUUAUAGCUUUAUUUAAAUAAUAAUGGAUGAGAUAGUUCAAUAAACAAAGAUCUAAUAUCCAACUAUCCCUGAUGUUUUGGCACUUGGAAAUGGUAUAAUAACUUUAUUAAUGGUUUUAGGCAUCUUUGGUAGAAUGAGUUCCUUUUUAUCAAUUAGAAAUGAUUUCUUUCUACUGGUUCUAUAAAAUUUGUAUCAAGGCAAAUACUUAGAUAUUUUGCAAAACAAUUAGAUACUCUAAAACUAAGAAGAAACAAAAUAAAAAAUUGAGUUAAAUUCUAGUGAUAGCAAUCAAACGUUAGAAGAAUGGAAAAAAAGGAGUCCAAGCAUGAGGUAUAGCAAUUACAAUUAAUAAUUAAUAAAAACGAAAUAAGCUAUAGACUGUUAAUAGCAGUAGUUAAAAAAAUUCAGAGGCAUUUCUGAUAUGAUUGAAGAAAAAAAAGUUUGUGAGUACAAAUUUUAAAAUGCAUGCGAGAGUUAUAAUGCUUAAAUAAACUUUAAUCACUAAAUUUUCAACACAAAUUGCAUUAAUAUUUCAGAAUUACCUAACUUAACUUUCAUUCAUGGUACCCACUAUAUAUUAAAAGGAGAAGAAUAUGUUUUAUAAGAAAACUCUGGUAGUUAUCAAUAGACUGUUGAAACUGCUUAAUCUAAUGUUAAAAUGAGCAGCUCCUCUGCAUAAUGUAUUGUUACUUUCAUGCUUCUUGAUAUUCCAAAGAUGAAGAAAAUUUCCUUCACGAAAGAGCUAGGAUUUUUAAACUUAAGAAUGAAUACCUUUUUAACUAAGUUGGAUCUCUUUUCUUCUCAGUUUCAUUUCAAUAUUGGAAAAGACUAAAUAAAGAAAUCCACGCCCUUAGGACUUAUAUUAUCUCUGAUUAUUAUCUCAGUAGGCUUGUCUUAUUAUUCCUACUUAUUCUGGUUGCUUUUUACUAAUCAGUUAGAGCCAAACUAUAAAUCUCAAGAAUUUAUCACAGAGGAUUCUAUCGAUAUCAGUUUAUCUUAAGAUCUAGUUGGUUUUAGAUUUGAAUAUGAUUUUAAUCUGCCUAUAGAGAACUUGUAAGCACAGAAUAACAAGACAUAUUUAGUAUAUAUGGCUUACUUUUACUACGUAAAUAAUGGUGACACUUAGUUGUUUUAGCUAAAUAUAGUAAAAUGUCAAAACCCUAAUUUAAUUAACUUUUAUUGUUUAGAUUUUUCCAAUCUAACAAAUUACACAUUAACAUUAAAUACAAAAUAAAAUAUUUAAUCAUAUAUUGAUAUUUUCAUUUAUGGGUGUCUUGACUAGGAUAUUUUUAAAACUAGCAUUCCGGAAAACUGCGCUAAUUAAGAUGAAAUUAAUUAAGUUAUUAAUGGAAUUAAUUCUGGAGUCAGAUUAAAAUUAUUUACAUCUUAGUUUAAUGUUGGAACUAUUUAAAAUUAAAUUAAUUAUAGAAAUGCUUAUAUUUAUACAAUGGGUAACAAGCUGGUUUAGUCUACAUUUAAAACCUAAAAAUCUAUAACAACAGUUAAAGAUGGAUUAUUUAUUUUAAGCAGCAGAAACUAUUCUUCUCCUAUUAAAUAUGAUUUAUCUAAUUAUUUUUAUGAUAGAUAAUACAGUCUUGAAAACUCAGGAUAAAGUGGAUAUAGCUUUAUUUAAAUAAUAAUGGAUGAGAUAAUUCAAUAAAGAAAGAUCUAAUAUCCUACAGUCCCUGAUGUUUUGGCACUUGGAAACAGUAUUAUAACUUUAUUAAUGAUUUUUGGCUUUUUUGGUAAAGUGAGUUCCUUUAAAUCUAUCAGAAAAGAUUUCUUUCUAUUGAUUCUAUAAAAUUUGUACCAAGGCAAAUACUUCGAUAUUUUGCAAAGCAAUUAGACACACUAAAAAGAAGAAGAAAAAAAAUACAAAACAGAAUUAAAUUCCAGUAACAGCAAUCUAAAAUUAGAUGAAUGGAAAAAAUAGAGUCCUAGCGUAAGGUUUUGCAAUUACAAUUAAUAAUCAAUAAAAACAAAAUAAUCGUUAGACUGUGAAUAGAAGUUAUAAAAAAAAUUCAGAGGUAUUUCUCAUAUGAUUCAAAUGAUUGAUGAAAAAAGAGUUUGUGAGUCCAAAUAUUAAAACGAGCCAGAGAGUUAAAAAACUUAAAUAAACUUUAGUAAAAUCUUGUCUAAUUUCAAAAUUUUUUAAAAUGAAGAAUUUUCUAAGAAAGUAUUUUAAAAACUAUUUUAUAAAAGCUCAGAUAAGAAAGAAUAAAAUAAAGAAGAAUAAGUGCAUAAUAAAAAAGCUAAAAAGGUCAUAGAAGAGCAACUAAAUAAACAUUUAGAUAUUUUUUAAAUAUUCCAAGAUGUUAUAUUUAUAAAAAAAGCAAUCAUGAUUUUAUUAGAUAAAGAUUAACUAGCUACUAUUAGAUUAGUAGGUUGUUCUUCUAAUUAUUUAGACAGGCUUGCGAAUGGAUUAAAUAAAAUUAAAAUAAAUAUUGAAAGUUAAAACCAUUUUGAAGAAUAGCUUGAAAUUUUUGAAUCAAAGCAGCUUUAAUUUGAAAAAAUUUAAUAAUUUUUAGAGAAAUGUAAGAAUAACAAAAAUUUAGAUUAAAUAGAUAAAAGGAUACUCUCCUCUCUUGUUUGA